AGCAGGAGGAGGAGCAGCAGUAUGAGGAAAACAGUGAUGCUGACUCCAGUAAAACAUCCCCCUGAGCCCAGCUGUGUGUCAGGGCUCAGCAGCUUGAGUCAGGUAAUCUUGGAGACUCUGACAACCUCCUCCAGGUGUCCCAGACAUGAGCGUCGUCAACAAACAAUUCCUCAACGCAAAACAGUCGAUCCUAGUGGUUACUACAAAGAGGUAUACUAUCGACAGUUUCAAGCUGAGCCUGAAGCCCAACCAGGGUGCACCCAGCUAAUGUACUCCCAGUUGAUGAGUGAUAAAGCAACACAAGUCAAGAGAAACACAAUACAAGCACCUGCCUCAACCAAGGCUGCUGAGAGGACUGAACCAGGGCGUGUUCAGUGGCCUGUGUGUGGUGGUGGAGCGCAGGAGGCUGAAUCAGAGCAAAUUACACCGUGUGCCGAUGAUUCAGCAGCAGUAGAAGGCUGGCCAUCACAUUUAGAUAAUGUCAGUGACUUUGUUAUUCAGCAGCAGGACAUCAGGUAUCUUGGUGAUGAAAAUCUUGAAGAUUAUAACUGGAGAAAUUUUCAUGGUAAAGAAUCCAGUUCUUCCAAGAAAUAUUUUUCCAACAAGGAUGAUGUAGAAGUAGACCAUACUGAUGAGAGACAAGAAACUAGUGUAAGAAGUCCUGUUAGAAUACUUGAUCAAGAGGCUCAUAAUGAAACACAGUCCAAGUUUAGCUUUAAAAAAAUAGCAACAAGAAUAAUUCAUACAAUUCCUCACAUUGGAGAGAAAAACUCAAAUGUUCAUGAUCUUGAGGCCACACCACAAGAUGACUUAAUGUUGGCACCACAGUGGCCCCAAAAGUGCCAUGAUCCUUGUGAUGAAGUUAGUAAUGAUAUGAAUAUGCAUAACAGAAAUUUAAAUGAAACAGCAUUUGGGGUUCUUUUGUUUGAUCUGUCUCUCUCACCUAUUUUAGGCUUAAGUCCAAUACAUAAAACUAGUAUCUUAAGUCAUCUUCAACCAGAAAGUCACGUGAACACAAAUAUGACCCUAGAUGUUGUUACAACAGAAGACACCCUUGGAGAUGGUAUUGGAGGUUUUAUAAAUGAUAUUGGACUUAAUUCAGAUGUAACAAUUGUUCAUGAUAAUGGUGCCAUUGAAUUAGCUCCAGUAGCCCAAAAAUCAGUUUUUCUCUGCCGUACUCCCCCAAGAGCUGAGAUUACAGAUGAUACACAGGAAGAGACCAACUGUACAAAAGACUUACAAAACAAUACAAUUGAAAAAUCAAACUUGAAUUCAGAAGUAGUGCUAGACAUUGGAUGUGAUGUUAGUCAUUCAACAAAUGAGCUUCAGCCUAAGGAAUUGAUAAGUGAUGUGAGUGAGAAAUGUAGUAUACCUUCAGUGUUAGCCAGUGCAGGUAAUAGAAAUACUGCUGUUACUGGUUUUGAAGUAGAUUUGGUUAAAGAUCCAGACACAAGUGGCACCAACAAAAAUGCCAGACCACAGCCCAAAUUUGCCUCAAAUACCAACUCUACAAAUUGGCAAGUCAAGGAAAGAGAAACCCAUGAGGAAUUAUUUGUUGUCAAGUUAGGAGCCACCAAAGUAUCUGAACUAGAAACAAGUACCAGUAAACCAAGCCUUUUUGUGAAAGACAAUAGCAAGCAUAAACAGGAGAACAUAUUUCCUCUGCAGUCAAGAAAAUCUACAUUCAAAGUGCCUUUUAAAAGGGUCUCAGAAUCUCCUAUAGUUGGUUACCCAGUUAACAAAAAACACAUUACUUCCACUCCAAAAGACAUGUAUCAGAGUAAACUUAAAGGUUUUGGCAAGUCUGGAGAGAGACACUCAUCUAGUAGUAGUGCAGGAGCUUUUAAUAUCAAAGGAAAGGAGAAAGGUCUGCACACCCACCACCAGCCUUGUGCUGGACAAGAGACCCAACCUCUUUCAAAGCUGCAGCACCCAUGGACAGAAGCACGAGAUGCUGGAUUUGAUGAAGCUUCAGUAUCAAAGAAACAAUUUGCUUUAAAAUCAAAGUUUUUAAAAAAAUUGAAAGACUUUAAAAUUCCUACCCGUAAUCCACAAUUUUCACAGAGUGUAAAUUCUCAUUGCUUACAUAAUAAUAAUAAUAAUGAGAAAAUUCCCAAUGAAAACAGAGAACAAACCCCUGUUAAAUUUGAUCCGAUAGUGAAAACAUCACAAUUUCCCUCCCGAGCUUCCAAGAUCAAUUUUCUUAGAGAAAAUCCAGUUGAAAGGGCUAAUAAUUCUUUUGAAGCUAAAACUUCUAUUGACAAUGUGCUUGGCAAUAGGACUACAAACAAAGAUAAUAUAAGUAAUGUUGGCAAAAGCUUCAAGGAGAAAUUGAGCAAGUUUGAACAUUCACCAGAAAUGACUAACAUGGAUGCAGAAGCUAUAGUCAAAAGGAAAGCCAUGUAUGAUAAUUGUGUGAGUGAAGAAGUUGCUGAAAAUGAAGGAAACCUAAUAAGUUCACCAGGAAAAGACAACUUAGAAGGUCUGAAGGUGCCACAGGAGAACAGUGACCAUAAUGUUGAUAUGGUAGUAGAUGAGAUUCAUAAGGGCUUAAAGAAGAAAGCUAAUGUCCGGGUGUCAUCAAACAAGUGCUGGGAGAAGAAAGCAUCCAAGAGGAAGAAGGCGGUUGAGGAUAAAGAUAAAAAGGUAACCAAAAAAAUGAGGAAGGAUAAUGGAGAAAAACUUUUAUCCAGAGAGAAUGAGGACAAGACAAAACAGGUAAAUACUAUGAUCAAAUUCAAUCUAAAGGAAAAAAAGAUAAAACAACCAAAAAAGGAUAAAAUGACAAGUAAGGCAACAAGCAAACCUACGGAAAAGUUUCAGAACAAAAACAAAAUAGGAAACAAGGAAGAAAAGGCAACAAAAUCAAUAGAAAAGACCAAGAUAGCUGUGAGUGCAGAUAAGGUUCCUGUCUCACUACCUUUAUCCCAGACAAGUGGUCCAGAACAUGUACUAGGUCGUGACACAGAGUUGUUUGUGAUACUGGAUUUUAUUGCUGCUGCCUCUGAGAUCUGCUUCACCCUCCUUUACAGAAACUAUUGA